AUGGAGAUGGCAAUGGGAUUCGGAAGCGCCGUCAAGCCUUACGCUUCGGCCGCAGGUUCUCCGGUUACCUCCACGGCAAUCCGUUUAUCCAAGGAGAUGGUUGGGCGGGGAUUCUCUCCGCUUGUGGCUGUGCGGAAAUGCGGCUGUCCUGGGGUCCGUUCGCGGUCCUCCCCUCGAAAGGGCAUCAGUUGCUCUGUUUCUUCAGCUACGGAGAAUACCGCCUCUGGUAGGACGCUGAUAUCCGUGGGCUGCUCGAGUAAACAAUGGAAAUUCUCGCGGCUGCCUUCUAAUUUUUGUCGAAAUGUUGACGACCGUCGUAGACUUUAUCCUCGUUGAUGAUAUGCACAGGGAAUUGAAUGUAAUAUUACGUAAUUUUGGCGAGUAGUGGAUUUUAUAGUCGUCGUUUUUUCACUAAAACUUUGUGCUCUUUCAUUCUUGUUUGUUUCACUUAUUCUCCAAACACACCCCCUUCCCCCAAAAGAGAACGGAGGGUUUUCUGUUUCUUCGUUUUUCCCUUUGAAGUUCCCCUUUGAUGCAAUCAUUCUCCAUGGAAAGCCCAUGUUCUUUGUAGCGUUUAUUUAAAUCUAAUCCAUCAAGAUGUUUCCUAUAUUCCAAAAUGUUUGGUUAUCAUGCUAAAUUUUACGCUUCUGUCCGUUUGACUAGGAAAUUAUAUUUUCUAAUUCAGCGACUGGAAUGACUUAAAGAAUUUCAUAAAUAAUUUAUUUUUCCUAAUUUCUGGUGCAUGCUUGAGUUUUUUGGCACAAUGUUCCCUCACUACGUGAAUGUAGACGUACUUAUUUAUAAUGUGUCUAAUGUUCUCGAUUCUACUAAUUCAGUAGAGAAGAAGAAUCAACUAGUGACAAGAAGAGAUGUACGAAAUAUUGCAAUCGUUGCUCACGUAGACCAUGGAAAGACAACAUUGGUUGAUGCAAUGUUAAGGCAAGCAAAGGUGGGGACAUUUUGGUUGAUUUUUGUUUAAACUUAUAAAUUCAAUAACUCAUUACUUUGAUUAAUUCUCGGUCCAGUUACGAAGAAUAAAUAAAUGAGCCGACUUCUUUGAUUCUAUGUAGGAAAUUCUCUUAUUGCACGGGAUUUUAAGCGUUUUUAUUUUCGGAAAUCUCUUUCAUAUAAUUUGAUUUCUGUGAUUCUGUAACAAAUGUAGACUAAUGAUUCGAACAUGAAAGAUAAAUCAACUGGUAAAUUGUGAUAGAAAAGAAAAAUAGGGAAGAUCUCUUCCUUUUUUCUGUGCAUGAUGGAUUGCUUAUUAUACAUCAUCAACAUUAUCCUGAUUUCCCUGGUGCUCUUAUAUGUGUAAUUUUCUUUCAUUUGUCUCUCUACGUCUCUACUUUAGGCAUUUACUUACUACAUAGGACCUAGUCUGUCAAAACCUGUCUAUAAUAUUUUGAUCCUCACUGAAGUUCAUUUUCAUCAGGAAAAUAAAACUUGAAUGGUCUGAGACAUCUGUAAAUCAAGGAGUCGUUGGUUCUUAGGAGACUCAAUUGGUUGAAUAUAGACUUGAGUGAUUCAACUUGUUAUAACUGAUCAUUUUUAUAUCAAUCCGUAGCUGAAACAGCCUAUUUCAAGCUUGAGCUAGUAAAUACCGAGGGUUUUUAUGUUUCACAAGUCAUGGUACUUUCCAUUUUUUGAAUCCCAGUACCUUCUGUGCUUUCGGUACUUUGCUCAAUCAGGUGUGCGGUGAUCCUUGCCUCUGAGACAACACCACAGAUAGUUUAUUUAAAUUUAAAUAAUAAAUAUACCCUAGGAUCAUAUGCCUAUUGUAAGGUUUAUUACUGAAUUUACGAUAUGAAUUAGCCAACCCACUUCAAUUGGAUAUGCAAUACGUCAAGUUAACUCUAAUGCAUCUUUUAUUGCAAACAAAGAAUGUAAUGCGAUUUUUUUCUGAAUUUAUGAAAUUAUGAUGUACAAGAAAAAUGCAUAUGUAUGAAACGUAACUGUGAAUUCUUUUAUGUUUCAGGUGUUUCGUGAUAACCAGUUCGUGCAAGAGAGGGUGAUGGACUCGAAUGAUUUGGAACGAGAAAGGGGAAUCACAAUACUGAGCAAAAACACGUCAAUCUCUUACAAAGAUACUAAGAUAAAUAUUAUUGAUACCCCUGGUCACUCCGACUUUGGUGGAGAAGUAGAACGUGUCCUUAAUAUGGUUGAAGGAGUUCUGUUAGUGGUAACAUAUUCUGACUUUUACAAUGUCAUAACUUAUCGCCUAUCGCAUGCUAUUUACUAUCUCUUUGAAUAUAAUGACUGCUACUUUGAUAAUAUGUUGCUCCAUGCCUUCUCUAGUUGAAUUUAUAUGGAAUUGUAAUUUUAAAAUUGACUAAUGAUCUCUUGAUGCGCUUACAGAAGGGUUUUUGACCUGAAUCUUUCAUGAUAAUGCGAAACAAAAUUUCUACAAUCAUCAGGGAAUGAUGCUUAUAGUUACAUGUGCUCUGAUGUAUGUUCGCCAAGAGAAUUUCAAGGAUCAGCUAAUCCUGAUAGCUUUGGACACCUGAUCAUGUUAUUUGGCCUGAUCUUUGUUAAUCUGGUAGUUUGGCCCUAAUAUUUAUAACGUAGUUUAAAUUACUAGGAAAUGCAUUUUGGAUGCAAAACAUGUAAGUUUACAUUGCUAACCAUUUCUAUGGGGAUCAUGCUUUUCUUUUGAGGAAAAAGAUGAUCCCUCAGAAGUGGAAUGCCUAAAGCUAUCUUCUGCAUAAUCCUCUGUCUUCGAUUUUCUUUGUGGUAUCAAAACAUUGGCUUCUUUGGGCUGGGAAACAAUUUCGUUACGCCUGAAUAAGUUUUGGGAUUCAAGUUGAGACCCUGAUAUCUUUAAAAUACCAUUUCGUUAUGUCUGAAUAUAUAUGAUUCACCUUUCUUCUUGAAAUUAGGUUUUUGUUGUUAUUUUAUGAUGGGUAUAGCUCUGUAUUGACUGGAAAGCCUAAUGAUAUAUCUUACAGGUAGAUUCCGUAGAGGGACCAAUGCCACAAACACGAUUUGUUCUAAAGAAAGCUCUGGAAUUUGGACAUGCAGUUGUUGUCGUUGUGAACAAGAUUGAUAGACCUUCAGCCCGUCCAGAUUUUGUGAUCAAUUCCACUUUUGAACUUUUUAUCGAGCUCAAUGCAACUGAUGAACAGGUGCACUUACCAAGAUAGAACCCAAAAUUUGUGUUAUCAGUUUUUUUUAUCAAGAAAUACUGCUGCAUAUCUAACUUGUUGGGAACUGUCUUGGUCAUAGUGCGACUUUCAAGCGAUAUAUGCUAGCGGGAUCAAGGGAAAAGCUGGACUAUCUCCAGAUAAUUUGGCAGAUGAUCUUGGGCCAUUGUUUGAGACGAUUAUUAGAUGUAUACCAGAGCCAAGCAUUGAUAAAGAUGGUGCUUUACAGAUGCUCGUAAGUGUUCAUUCUGCGAUUUCAUUGUUUGUUGAUCAUGUUUCAUUUAAACUUUCUCUGAUUGUAUUUUCCACUGCUUACGUGCUUUUACAUGAAGAACUUAACCUCCACAGUAGUUUGUCAUUUCUUGCUUUUGGAAUCAUUUCAUUACGUCCACGAUCACCUGUGAGAACGACUGUCAGACAUCUAUUUCCAUCAAUCAUGGCAAAAAGCAACGGAUCAAGAUUUAAUAAAAAGUUUGCACAUACCCAAAUGCCUUUUAGAUUAACCAUCUAGGGUUGGCUAGGUCAGAUAAUUUUCUCAGCCAUGCACUGAGCUUGUUUUCUGAGAGUAUGAUGCUGGCUCUUUUUUCUCAUCCUCAUGCUCUGCUCAUCUCUUAUAAACUCAUAUUCGUUUGUAUGGACGGAUUUCUUCUUGUCUUGUCAUUUGUGUUUGUUUUAAUUUUGAUUGCGCACUCUUUAGCUGGGUGCUUACUGUUUUUCUCAAUAUUAUCUCAGUUUUUGAGAUUUUUAUUUGCUCUUCUCUAUUAUUUUUUUUUCUUAUUAUAAUGAUAUCAUAUGAAUUAUAUAAUUUUUCCUGGGUUUACAUGUUAUACAUUAUGCAUCAUUAUGGUUCACAUUCAGUAUGAUGUAUGACAAUUUCUCUGCAUCCACCGUGAGGUCAAUAAAUUUUUAACCCUUCUCAAGAAUAGAAUCUCCUAUAGAAAUCUCGGACAUAGCUUGAAAGCUUGACCUUCCUCACGUAUCAGGUAUCGAACACUGAAUAUGAUGGACACAAGGGAAGAAUAGCUAUCGGUCGUCUUCAUGCUGGGGCUCUGCAGAGAGGCAUGGAAGUGAAGGUGAAUAUGCUUUUAUCUGCAAAUGUUUCUUAACUUACGUGUUGGAUUUUCAAUGAAAGAUAUAUAUUAUGUUAAUGAUCUGGUAGUAGCUAGUUAUCUCUUCUAGUCGUCCUAUUGAAACAUGUCAUUUAGUAUCUCACAUUGGAUGGCUCCCAGGCUCUUCUCAUCUUCCUCAGUUAGUCUAUCGAUUUUUGCUUAAUCUUCUUCAAGAAUGUCUCGUUGUGUGCUAUUCAGAAUAGAAUCGUCACUGAAGCAGCCUUUUUUUUCUUGAUUUGGCAAGGUCUGCACAUCAGAGGACGCAUGCAGAGUUGGUAAAGUCAGUGAGCUUUUUGUUUAUGAGAACUUCUCUAGGGUUCCUGUUGAGACUGUGGAGGCUGGCGACAUCUGUGCAGUAUGCGGUAUUAGUGACAUAAUGGUAGGGUUUCUCAUCAACCUGCACCAUCAUCGAUAGGAGACUGCAUAUCAUUCGCAGCCUAGAAGCUUACUCUUCCCGUCCUUACUGCUGCAGAUUGGGGAGACCAUAGCGGACAAAAAUACAGGAAAGCCAUUGCCUGCCAUUAAGAUUGAAGAGCCGACUGUCAAGAUGGCUUUCUCCAUUAAUACUUCUCCAUUUGUUGGCCGUGAGGUAUGAUUAAUAUUUUUUCUUGAUAUUUCGCAUUAAAUGCUUAUAAGAUACUCUUGACUGAUGACAUUUUUGCUAAACUUCGGAAAAACAAGGGAUUUUUUUGUUGCUUUUGUUGGGAAUUGCUCAAGUAUUUUGGUGAAUUCUUAUGGAUCAUUGGAUGAUCCUCAUAUCCACCUAGAAGAACAGUUAUGUAAUGUUCAUUGCCAUGAUAUUAUUCUAGUAUUUCAGUUGCAUAAAAUAUGAUAGAACUCACUAUUUAUGGGAAAUUUUAUGUUUCAAAGUGGAGGGGAAGCUUUUAUGACAGAUUUUUUUUUAAAAUUCUGAUAUAUAAAACGGUCAGAUGGUGCUUCAAGUCAUCUGAGAUCUUUCAGUAGCUAUCAGGUCAGCGUCCCUCUCCCCAUGAGUUGACUAUUGACAGCCUUCUUUAAUCUUCAGGGGAAAUAUGUUACUAGCCGAAACCUUCGCGAUCGCCUCUACCGCGAGCUCGAAAAGAAUCUGGCAAUGAAGGUUGACGACGGUGAAACAGCAGACACGUUCAUCGUCAGCGGGAGGGGGACACUGCACAUCACCAUCUUGAUAGAGAACAUGUAGGGUUCAUCUCCUGUUCGUCAGCUUCCUCCAGGUGAUCGAUGGACAUGCUAACCACCCUGCCCCUCUCUCUCAGGCGAAGAGAAGGAUAUGAGUUCAUGGUGGGCCCACCCAAGGUCAUCAACAAGCGCGUGGACGACAAGCUGCUGGAGCCAUUUGAGGUGUGGAGAUCGUUUGACCUUCUUGGUUUUCCGGGUGGAACAUUUCUCGUCCAGGAGUCAACCCUUUGACCCGCGUAGGGUCUUGCAGAUUGCUACCGUGGAGGUUCCAGAGGAGUACAUGGGGGCUGUGGUCGAGCUCCUGGGGAAGAGGCGCGGGCAGAUGUGCGACAUGCAGGGACUCGGGUCUGCUCACCGCCCCUUCAUCUUCUUGCUUCGCCCCUGAGAUAGAUUCCUAACAGGGAUCGAUGUGAAACAGGUCCGAGGGGACUUCACUGAUCAAGUACAAGAUCCCCACCCGGGGGCUCCUCGGGCUGAGGAACUCGAUGCUGACGGUCUCUCGAGGCACGGCCGUUCUCAACACGGUGUUCGACAGCUAUGGCCCCUGGGCCGGAGACAUCAGCACCCGUGACCAGGGAUCCCUGGUGAUUAUAUCCGAUUGUUUCCUCUCUGGGAUUCCUCCCAUGGUUGACUUUGGGUGUUUAUUUACUAUAAAUGGAAUUGUGUGGUUGCAGGUAGCUUUUGAGGACGGAAACACCACCUCCUAUGCGCUGUUCAGCGCCCAGGAGAGGGGCCAGAUGUUCGUCAGCCCCGGGACGGAGGUCUACAAGGGGCAGAUUGUGGGCAUCCACCAGCGCCCCGGAGACCUGUCGUUGAACGUCUGCAAGAAGAAGGCCGCCACUAACGUGCGCUCCAACAAGGAACAGACAGGUGCGCGCGUUGACUUUCCCAUGCUGCCGUUUAUUUGGGUCGCUCACGGUUUUUCCUCUUCUGUUCGUACGCAGUGGUUCUCGACACGCCGUUGACUUACAGUCUCGAUGACUGCAUAGAGUACAUUCAAGAGGAUGAGCUCGUGGAGGUGACCCCUCAGAGCGUCCGGAUGUGCAAGAACCCCAAGAUCGUGAAGAAGAAAUGA